GGUGUUGGAGCUCUGGUGGCAGCAAACGGAAGUAAAAUGAGAAUCUUUGAUUGGUCGAUAAAUUUUUUUGAACUCUGUAAGAAUGUGCAGUAAAAUAAUUAGAGCAGUAUGUGUGUGUAGUUAGAUAUAUUAUAUAAAUAUAUAAAUAAAUAUAUAAAUAGUUAGUAAUAAAUGACAGCGAUGAAUUCAAAAGAAGAAGGUUAUGAUUUUUUUGGUCUUGUCAACGAUUUAUGUCAGUCGAUGAUAAAUAAAUGUGAUGAUAAAUGUCUUCGCGGGCGUAAUUCUAAUCAAAUUGUUACCAAAUUACGUUCGAUUGCUUUUGAAAUUCUGCUUAAGAGACACCCAGAGUCUUAUGAUAUCAAUGAUAAUGAAAGUGAAGAAGAUCCAGUUCUUGAAUUGUUCAAGUAUUCGUUUGUGUUAAAAUCAACUCUAGGACAGUCUUCCAAAGCUGAUAAAUUGGAGAGCGUGUUAGAUGAAUUACUCAGUGAUGAUGACAGCGAAUCAGUUAAAUCAAUUCUUUUUUUCUUGCAUUAUUUACAAAACUAUCAGUCCUGUGAUGACGAUGAUCUGGAAAUAUUCCAUUUUGGUGAUCGAAAUCCUACGUCAGAAAUUAGUCAGAAAAAUAAUGAAGUACCUCAUUACCAAAUUUAUCCAUUGUCAGCAUUUAUAUUACCUCAUAAAUUAAACCAGUUGAUUGAUAUUAAUAGUCAUGAGUUCACUCAAGUCAAUAUCAAGGCUCCAGUAAGUUUUUCAUCUCAACUUCAAAUAGAAAUCGCUAAAAAUGAGACUUCUAAAUUAUCUCUGUAUUCUCUCGACAGCAUAAAACCACGGGGACCUACAGAAGAAAAAUAUUUAAAUUAUGAAAGCACAGCAGUAGAAUCUCUGUGGAACCGUGAAUACGAAGACGAAUGCGAGAGUGUGGUGUCAUUUAAAUCAUCACCGUCAAUAGAAUCCAUUGAGUUACUGCCUGAUACCUACGAAGAAUCUGAAGACACUGACUGCUACUCAUGGGAAACUCUGGGACAGUUGAAACCUGGUCGGCAACGUGCGUACGCCCUGGAGUCAGACGCUGCGAUCCAACAUCUUCAGAACCUGCGUAAUAUUUCGAUCAACGGCAGCGAAAAAAGCUCUUCCAGUAGACCAAAUGUCAUUAGUAUGAAAGAAUUUAUAGAGAACAUCAAAUUAGUUUUGCUGGGAUUCGACUCCAGCUGCUAUGUAUGGGACAGUAAAAUAGGAUUUUUUUUUAACAUCAACACUGUGGUCACUGGACUGGGUAAGGAAGCGCUGGAGAGCAUAUCGUCGGAAAUAACUCACUGGGCGACGUGUUUCAAACUCCUGGUGCUGCUUGUAAGGCCUAAUAUUGAUACCGGAAGGUACAGGCAAGACGGUCUAAUUUUCCAGGCGAUGUGUAAUAGCGUUAAUGAUGUGUUGAUUCAUUACCAAGCAUCUGUUUUACAAAUAUUUAAUGAUGAUUCAAUUAAGUUAUUAGAUUUGUUAAAUCGUUUACGUUACGUUGGCUGUUUAAUUAGCGAACUCGCACGACUGUGUCGCUGCGAAAAUGUUAUACAGACGACAUUAGCUGAAGGUACUGGUAUUCUUACCCACAUUUAUGACCAGGUUACUAAAAUAACAAAACCUGAUGUCGCUCUGGUAUUUUAUUCAGUAUUAAAAUCUUGUUGUGAAAUUUACUUUGAGUUGAUGGAAAAGUGGAUAUUCGAGGGUAUAUUUGAUGAAAAGUAUGGAGAGUUUAUGAUAUUUGUCAGAGAUAAAUAUAUACGUAAUCGCGGCCAUAAAUUUUGGACAAAAUGUUUUGGUAUAAGCAAAGAAUUGGUACCGGGAUUUUUAAAUAAUCUUACGGACUCAAUUCUACAGUGCGGCAAAGCCGUGAGAUUAUUGAAAAUUUGUGACCCUAAAAAUCCGCUUUGUAAUUUUUUCUUGACUGCAAGGCCUAAAGUAAAAGUGUGUUUGAGUGUCAAUAUGUUGUCGGAGCAAGAAGAAAUAUGUCAGCGAUAUAUGGCUAAAGGUAUCGAAAUAUUGGGACCCAAUGUAACAUUGAGUUCAGCUUUGAAAGAGUUGAAGACGAUUGAUAAAGACAAAGCUGAGCACGUUAUAGCCGCUCAGCAGGAAACGUUGUCGAGAAUAAAGAAGAGUCAGGAAGAAGCUAAACUGCUUAUUAUUAAGAAUAAACGCGAGUUGUUUGCUGAUCAAAAGAAACAGGUGGAAGACGCGGUUUCGCGAAGAGAAAAAGCCAGAGAAGCUGAUCUGCUUGAAGAUAAAUUGCUGAGGGAAAUACAAAUUGCUGAGGAUGAAAAAAUUGAAAGUCAGCGGCUUGCUGACAUUAAAAUUACAAUUGAGUAUUACAAAGACUUGGCCGAGGAAGCUGAGAAGCAGCGAUUGAGAGCGGGUUGGAGAAGCCGGAGGAUGGAAUUAUUCGACGAACGUGUGAGUGCUAUUAUUUUAGCGCGUCAAGAAGAAAUCACUCCGAUAGAUGAAGUUACUGAUAAGUCUCUCAGUGUCUUGAUUAAAUUAGCGACAGAAGAAAGUAAUGUCCCAGUUUCCGUUGAUUCAAAUUCUUUAGACAAUCAAUUGCCGAGUUCUGAUAAUGUUCCUGUUAGUAUUAGUGACGAAAAUUGCAAUGAGAAAAAUUCCGAACAAGAGAAAGAGACUAAACCAGAAGAAAUAACCCGAGCAAGUCGACCGACGGUACUGGACGUCAAAGGAGACGCCAAGAUAGAAUCAAUUCUUGAUGAAAUUGCGGAGAAUCGUUCAUUUAAACGCACAAAAUUUUCUUUCAAUACAAAUACUAUAAGUAAUGAUAUUAUCAACAAUCCACAAACUACAUUAAAGAAUGAUAAUGUAAAUAUAACUUUUAUUGAUAAGGAAGGUAAUGAAAAUAAAAUGGUUGAUACUGACAACGAUGAUAAUAAAAAUGAUCAGGUGGGGGAUAAAAAUUCGGAGACUUGUAAAAAUUCAAAUCAGGUGGAGAGUAAUGUCGUGGAUGCUCCUCCUCACUAUUCCAAUAACGCGAACGAAAUAAAUGAUGCGACUCCGAUGUCAUGUACGACAGACAGUUACGUUCCUUCGGCAAUGAGUAACUCGAUUUUGUACAAUUGCACAGAGGCUGGGUCAAUUGCCGAGUCUAAAAAUGACUAUGAAACACCCACUAGUCCCGGCGAGUGUUUGACACGAGCCGACAAACGGGAAUACUCAAUAGACAACAUUUUUUCGCGGUCAAGUAGCCAAUUUUUCAGCGCACUAGGAUUUUUGAGUACGCCGCCGGUACUUAAGUCCUCACUUUCUCAAGCUGAUGUCGAGAUGAUCGACAAUACGUCGCUGCAAGUUUAUCUAGAGAAGUCAGUUUUUAUUCCUCUGAGAGUCCAAAGUCGUCUGGCGAAUUCGGCGAUUGUUAAAUGCUUACUACAUGAUCAUAAAAUAUUGUCGCACUUGCACAGUUUAAGAAGUUUCUUCUUCCUUCUAAACGGAGAGUUCGCUAAAAAUCUUACGGGCCCACUUUACACAAAAUUCCACCAAGUCGCGACUCCGGACAAGCUAUUCAAUUCGGCGACUUUGACCAGCUUGUUGAAGAACGCUCUGCACUUUUCUUUAAAUAAUUCUUACAAAAAUUCCGAGCUCUUGAGCUUAACUGUCAUGUCCCAGCCGUCUAGUAUGAAGGUACUGGACCCAGAAGCUUUGAAUUGUCUUUGCCUUCAUUACAAAGUUUCGUGGCCGCUGAAUAUUAUUUUAGACGAAGCGGUGAUGCAGCAGUACAGCAAAGUCUUUAGAUUUCUAAUUAUGGUCGGUCGUGUACUCUGGGUACUUCAAGACGACUUUUGCAUACUAAAAACUCAACGCAAAGCUACUUUAUCAUUUCAGUACCACCGGUUGCAGUUAUUCCGGCACGCAAUGAUGCAAUUUAUGACAGCACUCCAUAAUUAUUUAACCUGCAGUGUCUUGCACUCAAGUUGCGCUGAAUUUGAGAAAGAACUCGAGAAUGCAAUGACUCUUGACCAAAUUUACAAUAUUCACGUUCGUUAUAUAAAAAAAAUUUUAUCAAGGUGCAUGAUGACAAGGCGGGGAGAAAAGCUGCGGCAGUGUCUCUGCAACAUUUUUCAAAUAAUAUUAAAAUUCCACAAGACUCUGCGGUCUCACGAGUGGGUCCACACGUCUCAGGGCUACGUACACCCUAGCUUCAAUAAACUAGAGCAAUACUACAAAGCGUUCUGCACCAUGAGGUCAUUUCCCGCGCAAGUUGUUGAUAAAUAUUCAAACAACGGCUACGAGUUGCAUCUCACCCGUUUCCUUGACGCUCUCAACAUAAAUCCACUCUUUAGUCUUUAA